UUGUUGCUUGCAGUGCAGCUUAUUAACGACAGUAUUAUGUAAUUAUUCGGUGACCUCACUUGUUAGAAACGUAUCAGCGCUAGCUAACAUAGCUGAAUCAGUGUAACACUAACAGAGAUAGGCGUAAUUCAUCUUUCUGGCGUGUUACAUUCUCUAAAUUAUAUGAAGUAUCUAGCCAACGUUGUAUUUCGUUUGCUUUUGUUGGAUAAGCUAGCUAACGCGUUAAAGUUUUGCAUUAACAUUACCAACUUGUAGGGCCUUUAAACCAUUAGCUAGCUAUCUUUAGCUGGCUACUACUAACUGGUACAUACAUAGCUAGUAAAAACAUUAAAUACAGUUUCAGUUGGUCAUGUUAGACAAACGACCCUGAAUUGAAAGCAUCAACAAAGUUAAAAACGAUCCCAUUCCAUCCCAUACUAUGUUGUAAUAUAACCAGCAAGACAACUAUCCUGGACAGAAGCUUUUCCAUUUGAGCAAUGAGUGGCUCAAAACCAGACAUCCUGUGGUCUCCCCACCAUCCGGACCGGUAUGUCAUUUGUGACUCAGAGCUUGGACUGUACCGCAUUGGACCUGCGGGGAGCGCUGAGACCAAAGCCGGGGCUCUCCCCCUCUCUGAGCAGACUGCUGCUACUCUUUUAGCCAUCAACUCUGACGCCCCAUACAUGAAAUGUGUGGCCUGGUAUCCGAAGCAGGAGCCUGAGUGUCUGCUAGCGGUUGGACAAGCUAACGGCAGAGUAGUCCUCACUAGCCUUGGCCAGAGCCACAACUCUAAGUGCAAGGAGCUGAUCGGGAAGGAGUUUGUCCCUAAGCAUGCUCGUCAAUGCAACACUCUUGCCUGGAAUCCUGUAGACAGCAACUGGCUAGCGGCUGGGCUGGACAAGCACAGAGCAGACUUCUCUGUGCUCAUAUGGGACAUAAGCAGUAAGUUCUCCUCAGAUGCUAGUGUAGCAGCGGAGAAGAACCGCCUCUCGUGCGGAGACACUGACUCUGGCCUGGUGGUGACCAAGCCCUUGUAUGAACUAGGCCAGAAUGAUGCCUGUCUUUCCCUCUGCUGGUUGCCCCGCGACCAGAAGUUGCUCCUGGCAGGCAUGCACCGAAACCUGGCCAUCUUCGACCUGCGCAACACUAGCCAGAAGACAUUUGUCAACACCAAGGCCAUCCAGGGCGUCACAGUGGACCCCCACUUCCCAGACCGUGUGGCUUCCUUCUUCGAGGGCCAGGUGGCCAUCUGGGACCUGCGGAAAUUUGAGAAGCCUGUGCUCACUCUCACAGAGCAGCCAAAGCCACUCACCAAGGUGGCCUGGUGUCCAACCCGUACGGGCCUGUUGGCCACGCUGACCCGCGACAGCAACAUCAUCCGACUGUAUGACAUGCAGCACACGCCCACGCCCAUCGGCGAUGAGACGGAGCCCACCAUCAUCGAGCGCAGCGUGCAGCCCAGCGACAGCCUUGUCGGGAGUUUUGCCUGGCACCCCACCUCGCAGAACCGCAUGGUGGUGGUGUCGGCCGCCAACCGUGCCAUGACCGACUUCACCGUGUUCGAGCGCAUCUCACUCGCCUGGAGCUCCACCACGUCGCUGAUGUGGGCGUGCGGCCGGCGCCUGUACGAGUGUGCUGAGGAAGGUGGCGGUGCGUGGGAGGGCACGGUGGAGAAGGACAUAGCGACUAAGAUGAGGCAGAGGGCCCAGUCCAGGUACGGUCAUGAUACCGUCCACGUGUGGAAGAACCAUCUGCUGGCUGGAGGGGAUGACCCCCAGCUUAAGUCCCUCUGGUUCACUCUUCACUUCAUGAAGCAAUACACUGAAGACAUGGAGCAGAGACAGCAGGGCAACAAACAAGCCCUGGUCUAUUCAGGCAUCAACAACAUAGUCAAGUCUAGCUCAGGUACUACAGAGAACCGCCGCUGUUGGAGUGGCUCGGACCGCCAGGCGGACGUCUCGCGGUUCCACAGCGAGGAGCGCAGCCUGGCCCUGCGUCUGUGCGGCUGGAUCACACAGGGCCCUGAUAUUGACGUGGAGCCCUUCCUGCGCUCCCUGGAGGGGGAGGGCGAGUGGGAACGGGCGGCCGCCGUAGCCCUGUUCAACCUGGACAUCCGCAGGGCCAUCCAGAUCCUCAACCAGGGAGCCUCCGCUGAGAAAGGGGACCUCAACCUUAACGUGGUGGCCAUGGCGUUGUCGGGCUACACAGACGAGAAGAGCUCUCUGUGGAGGGAGAUGUGCAGCUCUCUGAGGCUCCAACUCAAGAACCCCUACCUGUGUGUCAUGUUCGCCUUCCUCACCAGCGAGCCUGGUAGCUACGACGGAGUACUGUAUGAAAGCAGCGUGGCUGUAACGGACCGAGUGGCCUUUGCAUGCAUGUUCCUCAACGACGUGCAGUUACCCCGCUAUAUGGACAAGCUGACUGGUGAGAUGAAGGAGGCAGGGAACCUGGAGGGUAUCCUGCUGACUGGGCUGACCAAAGACGGAGUGGACCUGAUGGAGAGAUACGUAGACCGUACCGGGGACGUCCAGACCGCCAGCUUCUGCAUGCUGAAGGGUUCCCCGGGCGAGGUAGUGAAGGACUCCCGUGUCCAGUGCUGGAUUGAGAACUACCGCAACCUGUUGGACGCGUGGAGGUUCUGGCACAAGCGGGCAGAGUUUGACAUCCACCGGAGCAAGCUGGACCCCAGCUCCAAACCACUGGCACAGGUGUUUGUGAGCUGUAACUUCUGUGGGAAGUCCAUAUCGUACAGCUGCUCGGCGAUGCCCCACCAGGGCCGUGGGUUCAGUCAGUACGGGGUCAGCGGCUCGCCCACCAAGUCUAAGGUCACCAGCUGCCCCGGGUGCAGGAAGCCCCUCCCCCGCUGUGCUCUCUGCCUCAUGAACAUGGGCACGCCUGUAUCCAACUGUCCAGAUACUAGGCAUGGCACAGGGAAGUCUGAUGAGAAGGUAGACCUGACCAGGCAGAACAAGCUGUCCCAGUUCAACAACUGGUUUACCUGGUGCCACAACUGUCGCCAUGGCGGCCAUGCUGGUCACAUGUUAAGCUGGUUUAGGGACCAUACGGAGUGUCCUGUGUCAGCAUGCACCUGUAAGUGCAUGCAGCUGGACACUACAGGGAACCUGGUGCCGUCUGACAGCCACUAGAUGGGAAGGACCUCUAGUAGGGACUACUGUUGGGAUAUUUGAGUCCUAUAACAUAGUUCUGAUCUGGAAUUUGACUGGGUCGGAUAUUCCAAUUUUGGAUCACUAAUCCAAAAUCAUAUUUUAAGAAGAAAAUGUCCUGUCAUAUAUAAUAAAUACAUUUUGUAAAUCAUAUUUGCUACACAUUG